CUUUCAACCGUCGAUCCGGACGAAUUCGAAGCCCAUCAGAAGCACAUAUUAAUAUACUCCCUUGGCUUCGGGGCUUCGAACAGUUGCAAUUCACAUCCGGAAUGGCGGGCGUGCCUAACUACGCAGUCGCCAUCGGCGCCUUCGCGGCCGUUUCCGUCAUCCGCUUCGUAUGCCUCGUUAUCUACCGGCUGUACUUCUCCCCACUUGCGAAGUUCCCAGGGUCCAAACUCGCCGCUGCGACCGGGUGGUACGAGUUCUACUUCGACUACAGGUACAAUGGCAAAUAUGUCUUUGAGAUCGAGCGCAUGCACAAGAAAUACGGUCCGAUAAUCCGGAUCAACCCUAACGAAUUAUCCAUCCACGACCCGAGCUUUUACAAUGAGCUCUAUGUUACGGAGAGCAAACGUCGUACAGAGCAUUACGAUGUCUUCAUCAAGGGAAUCGACUUCGAUGCCUCGCAUCUCCUCACCAAAGACCACAGUCUCCAUAAGCAACGACGGAAGCCCCUUGAUCCAUUCUUCUCACGAAUGGGCGUCCAGCGCUUACAGAGUCUCAUCGCAGACAUUGCGCUGAAAAUGGAGAACCGACUGAAGCAGCUUCCCAAAGGGAAAAUCGUCAGGCUCGACCAUGUCUUCAGUGCCUUCAGUGGCGACAUCAUCGGGCGCAUCUGUCUCUCAACCGGCCAAGACGAUCCCGAUAGAGAAGAGUUCAUGGACGACCCGGACUUUGCACCAGAGUGGUUCAAUGUCAUCUUCAAAAUGGUCAUCUCAAUCCCUCUCUUCACCGGCUUCCCAUGGAUCGUACAACUUGUGAGCCGCAUCCCCAUGUCCGUCCUCCUCUGGGCCUUCCCCCAAGGCCAAGUCUUCAACGACUUCAAGAAUGUGGCGAAGCACGUAAUCCGCGAAACCACGCGCAUCAAAGAAGAAAACGAUCGCAAAGGCAUCAAGACCGACGCCAAGAGCUCCGUGUUCCUCCACCUAGCCAACAGCGACAUGCCGGCCUCCGAGCGAUCGGAGGAACGUCUCGCGAAGGAGGCGCAGGUGCUGCUUGCGGGCGGGACGACCACCACCGCGCACACGAUUGGCUUCGCGUCGUAUUAUAUACUUGCGAGGCCGGAAAUGCGUAAGCAGCUGCAAGAGGAGCUGCGAGAGCCAAUGCUGGAUUGGCCAAGGCGCGUGUCGACGUGGGCCGAGCUAGAGAAGUUACCGUUGCUGCACGGGAUUAUCCAGGAAUCGCUCCGACUGAGCUACGGCGUCAUGCACCGGCUUCCGCGUAUCUCGCCCGACGUCCCCAUCCAGUACAAGCAGUGGACCAUCCCCGUCGGCGUCCCAGUAGGCAUGUCUGCAUACCUCAUGCACACCGAUGCCACCGUCUACCCGGAGCCCGACAAGUUCAUCCCCGAGCGCUGGAUGGGCAAAGUCGAUCCGGCAUUGCAUCGAAAUCUAGUGCCUUUCGCACGCGGAUCCAGAAACUGUCUGGGAAUGAAUCUCGCCCAGGCAGAGAUGCAUUUAGCGCUAGCCGUCCUGUACCGCCCCGACGGCCCGAAGCUAGAGUUGUUCGAGACGGAUGAGAGCGAUGUGAAGCGCGUUCACGAUCUUAUUAUUCCACUGCCGAAGUUGGAUUCCAAGGGUAUUAGGGCGAUUGUCGGCUAAGGGUGCCGCCGGGGGGUUUUGAAGGAAUCCGUGUCGAGGUGUGCGGCUGCGCAUCUGACCUGGUUGGCUACUUGGACGGUCUGGGUUUAUGAGUAUGAGGAUCUAAGUCAGUAUAAUGUCAAUAAUAGUACUUUCAAGUUUGAC